AUGUAUCGACCCGCCCUGAGGAUAUGCGCAAGGCGGUGCGCCGUGGCGCCUUCCCGCCGUGUUGUGCCCGCCGCCGCCGUGAGGACAUUCGCCUCGACUUCCGACGGCCCCGUCUUCAACUGGGAGGACCCCCUCAACUCCAAGAACCUCCUAACCGAUGAGGAGCUCGCCAUAUCCGAGACUGCCGAGCGGUACUGCCAAGAGCGCAUGCUACCGCGCGUGCUCCAGGCCUACCGCGACGAGCAAUACGACAAGAAGAUACUCGAGGAGAUGGGCGAGCUGGGGCUUCUCGGCGCAACGAUCGAGGGCUACGGCUGUGCGGGUGUGUCGACCGUUGCUGGCGGCCUCAUCACCAAGGCCGUCGAGAGGGUCGACAGUGGCUACCGCUCCGGCAUGUCCGUCCAGUCGUCGCUGGUCAUGGGCGGCAUCGCCGAGUUCGGUACACAGGAGCAGAAGGACAAGUACCUGCCUGCGAUGGCCACGGGAAAGAUGCUGGGCGCCUUCGGCUUGACGGAGCCCAACCACGGCAGCGACCCCGGCUCGAUGGAGACGGUGGCGAGGCCCCAUCCGACCAAGAAGGGUUACUACUCCCUCUCCGGGUCCAAGACGUGGAUCACAAACUCGCCCAUCGCCGACGUGCUCCUCGUCUGGGCGAAGCUGCAGGAGACGGGCAAGAUCAGGGGCUUCCUGGUCGAGCGGUCGCAGUGCUCCGCCGGCACCCUCGAGACGCCCCCGAUCAAGAACAAGAACGGCCUGCGCGCUUCCAUCACCGGCAUGAUCCAGCUCGAUGACGCCCCCGUGCCCGCUGAGAACAUGUUCCCCUCCGUCGAGGGCCUGCGCGGGCCCUUCUCCUGCCUCAACAGCGCGCGCUACGGCAUCGCGCUCGGCGUCAUGGGCGCCCUGGAGGACUGCGUCGCCCGCGCGCGCGCCUACGCCCUCGAGCGCCGGCAGUUCAAGAACAACCCCCUCGCCCGCUACCAGCUCGUGCAGAAGAAGCUCGCCGACGCCGCCACCGACGCCGCCUACGGCACCGUCGCCGCCAUCCAGGUCGGCCGCCUCAAGGACGAGGGCAAGGCGACGCCCGAGAUGAUCAGCAUGGUGAAGCGCCAGAACUGCGACCGCGCCCUGCACAACGCCCGCGUGCUGCAGGAGAUCUUUGGCGGAAACGCCGUCAGCGACGAGUACGCCAUCGGUCGCCACGUCGCCAACCUCUUCGUCACCCAGACGUACGAGGGCCAGAGCGACAUCCACAGCCUCAUUCUCGGUCGGGCCAUUACCGGUAUUCAGGCCUUUGUAUGA